UUAUAAUAAGUGACAUAUGACUUGUGUGUGACAUGCGCGCCACCUUGCGGUUAUGAAAAAAGUUUACCUCUCUGACGUUGACACUAUAAUUCUUCCAUUUGUGUUUCAGCGGCGAAAAUGUCUCACCGCAAAUUCAGCGCGCCUCGUCAUGGUUCCAUGGGAUUCUACCCCAAGAAAAGGUCCAGGAGGCACCGUGGAAAAGUAAAGGCAUUCCCUAAGGAUGACCCAUCUAAACCUGUCCAUUUAACCGCUUUCAUCGGUUAUAAGGCUGGUAUGACCCAUGUGGUACGUGAGGCAGAUCGUCCAGGAUCAAAGAUCAACAAAAAAGAGAUUGUAGAAGCUGUAACUAUCUUGGAAACCCCUCCAAUGGUUGUUGUUGGGGUUGUUGGAUACAUUGAAACUCCUCACGGUUUGAGGGCUCUCGCUACUGUUUGGGCUGAGCAUUUAUCUGAAGAUUGCAGAAGGAGAUUCUACAAGAACUGGUACAAGAGCAAGAAGAAGGCCUUUACCAAAGCCUCAAAGAAAUGGUCUGAUGAUUUAGGAAAGAAGUCCAUUGAAAGAGACCUUAAAAAGAUCAUUAAAUAUUGCAAAGUUGUCAGAGUUAUUGCCCACACACAGAUGAAACUGAUGAAACAAAGGCAAAAGAAGGCCCAUAUUAUGGAAAUCCAACUUAAUGGUGGCACUAUUGCUGAUAAAGUUGCAUGGGCCAGGGAACAUCUGGAGAAACCCAUUCCUGUCAACACUGUAUUUGCUCAAGAUGAAGUGAUUGAUGUUAUUGGAGUAACCAAGGGUAAAGGAUACAAAGGUGUAACUUCGAGGUGGCACACCAAGAAACUGCCCCGUAAGACUCACAAGGGUUUGAGGAAAGUUGCCUGUAUUGGAGCGUGGCAUCCUUCCAGAGUAUCCUUCACUGUAGCCCGUGCUGGUCAAAAGGGUUACCACCACCGUACUGAGAUGAACAAGAAAAUUUAUAGAAUCGGAGAGGGCAUCCAUACCAAGGAUGGCAAGGUUAUCAAGAACAAUGCUUCCACUGCUUACGAUUUGUCAGAAAAGACCAUCACUCCCAUGGGUGGUUUCCCCCAUUAUGGUGAAGUAAACAAUGAUUUCAUCAUGAUUAAGGGAUGUUGUAUGGGACCUAAGAAGCGAGUGAUUACCCUCAGAAAGUCGCUCCUUGUCCAUACCAGUCGUGUGGCCCUGGAAAAGAUCAACUUAAAGUUCAUCGAUACCGCCUCCAAGUUCGGACACGGUCGUUUCCAGACCCCGGCGGACAAGGCCGCCUUCAUGGGUCCCCUCAAGAAGGACAGGCUGAAGGAGGAAGAAAAGGCUGCGCCGGCCACCGCUGCUGCUGCCUCUUCCUAAUCUGUGACUCGUUUCUUUUUUUAUUUGUAACGCUUUAGGUGUGGACGAAUAAAAAAAUGUUAAUUUAAUUCAA